AUGUCUUCAUUCCACACAGCAACAGCAAAUGACCUGGCUUCCGGCCUCAGAUCUGGCGCGCUGUCCACAGAAGCAUAUGCAAAGAGCCUCCUGGAAGUUGCCGAGAAAAGGGAGUCCGAAGUCCAUGCUUGGGCAUAUCUGAACGCAGAUGUGGUGCUCUCUCAAGCAAGGGUCCUCGACCAGAUCCCCGUCCACAAGCGUGGCCCACUGCACGGCCUCCCUAUUGGCAUCAAAGAUGUAUUGCUUACUCAAGACAUGCCCACGCGCUUCAACUCUCCCAUCUUCUCUAACAGUCCCACCAUUCCCUUGGACGCCACCACCGUCAAAGUCCUCCGUGCUGCUGGUGCUCUCAUCUUCGGCAAGACUCACACCACACAGUUUGCCUCCACCACCACGGGUGGUCCAUGCGCCAAUCCACACAACACCGCGCAUACACCAGGAGGCUCCUCAUCCGGCUCUGCCGCUGCGGUUGCGGAUCUACAUGUCCCGCUUGCCAUUGGGACCCAGACCGGCGGCAGCAUCGUGCGCCCGGCCUCCUUCUGUGGCAUCUGGGGUCUGAAGCCCACUUGGGGAACCGCGUCUACCGAGGGCAUGAGCCGCUACUCCACCACGUGCGACACGGUGGGAUACUUCGCCCGCUGCAUUGAUGACAUCGACCUUAUUGCCAGCGUAUACACCCAACGGCCUUUUCCAUCACCGCAGCUGCACGAGCCCAUGCCGCGGACCGCCAGAGUCGCAAUGCUCAAAACGCACGUCUGGACGAAGGCGGGUCCAGGUCUUAAAUCAGCGUGGGAGGCCGCCCGAUCGCUUUUGGUAGAGCAGGGCUAUCGGCCCGUGGACCUGGAGCUGCCGGCCGAAUUCGCCCGCAUGACCGAGUGGCACUCUAACCUGAUGGCACACGAGAGCCGGGCAAUGUUCCUGGGCCACGCCAUGACGGACAGAGACCAGCUCGAUAAGGUCAUCUUGAACAUCUUUGACCGGGGCGCCACCCUGACGCCGGAAAGGAUACGCGAGACAUACGACAGCGUGGCGCGCUUGAGGCCCGUCUGGGAUGAGAUCGCCCAAGGAUACGACCUGAUCAUUACACCGAGCACGACAGAUAGUGCACCAGAGGGGCUUGGAUGGACCGGAGAUGCGUGUUUCAACGCCAUGUGGUCAGCUCUGCAUGUGCCGACAGUGAACGUGCCUGGGCUGAAGGGCACUGGUGGCCUGCCAUUGGGCUUGACUGUAGUGGGACCGAGGUGGUCGGAUGAACACGUUCUCCGGGGUGGCGCGACUCUAGACCAGGUCUUGAGGAAAGGUAGGGCGGCGUGA